UAUGUCCAUGAUCAUACUUGUGCGCAAUAGACAGACCCCAAAAACCUGAGGGGAAAAAAUUACGACAAACAUUUCUGUAUUUGUUUUAUGAUUCUGACUUCGGACAUUACACUUUCUUAUUCUUAUAGGAGACACCUGCCAUGGCUGUAAAACCGUGUGCCUUGCUUUGUAUCCUUAUGCUGCUAGUUUAUCUCACACAGCCAAAACCUGAUGAUCUGCCAUUACACUCAACUGACAUAAGAGAUCCAAAAAUUGAUGCCCAGUGGUAUAAAGGUAGAGGAAUACGACCAGUAUGGAGAUUCGGGCGAAGAAUGUUACAAAGGGGUGAAAGAUCAUAUUUGGGAAAACACAGGUACUGCUAUCCUGAGGUCAUGGCUAUGGACUGA